AGCAUCAAAAUGCAGAGAACUGAUCAAGAAGGACAGAUUUCGCUCCCUUGCUAAUACAGCUUCUCUUUUCUUCUACUUAUCAACUCUAACUCUCACUAUCCUUUUCUGUUCCCACCUCCUUUACCAUCCCACGAACACCAAAUACACACCUAACACACACAUACAUCAAUUCACUCAAACCACCUCCAUCCAACCCAGAUUACCAGAUAGCGAAAACUGCGAUUUAUUCAAGGGGCAAUGGAUUCGAGACGCCACAGGUUCUUUAUACACAAACCACAGCUGCACAACAAUUCCAUUCUUGCGAAACUGUUUCCUCCACGGCCGAAAAGACACCGACUUUCUUCAAUGGAGAUGGAAACCAGACGAAUGUCAACUCCCGCGUUUCAGCCCCGACACCUUCCUCACUACUCUUCAAGACAAGACAAUGGCCUUCAUAGGCGAUUCCAUCGCCCGGAAUCAGAUGGAAUCGCUUCUCUGUCUCCUGUCAACGGUGGAAACUCCAAAAGCAGUAGAGAAGGAUGCAGAAGACCGAUUCACGACAUGGGAAUUCCCGAAACAUAAUUUCACGCUAAUGGCCAUGUGGUCGCAGUUCCUCGUUGCCUCUACCGAGCGAGUAAUCAAUGGCUCCGCCACCGGCGGCUUCGACUUGCACCUUGAUAAAGUUGAUUCCAAGUGGUCGGAAAAACUGCCCUCCAUCGACUACGCAAUUUUCUCCGACGCCCACUGGUUUUUCCGGCAGAACUAUUUAUAUGAGGGUGGCAACCUCAUCGGCUGCGUCUACUGCCAGGGGCCAAAUGUGACGGAUCUCGGGCCAGGCUUGGCGAUUAGGAAAGCAUUUCGGGCUGCAUUUAAGGCGAUCAAUGACUGCAAGAACUGCAGGAAGAUUAUCUCUUUCUUGAGGACGUAUUCACCUUCUCAUUUCGAGAAUGGGACGUGGAACACUGGAGGGGGGUGUAAUAGGACAGUGCCCAUUGGAAGGGAUGAGGUUCAGAAGGGCGGGCCUGAUUGGGAUUACAGGAAAAUUCAGAUGGAGGAAGUCGAAACAGCGAGAAACGCCGGGGAGAAAAGUGGGAAAAAGUUUGAAAUUCUUGAUGUUACAGAGAUGAUGUCGAUGAGGGUGGAUGGACACCCUGGUGUAUAUUGGGGUAACAGAUGGAUGAAGGGGUAUAGUGAUUGUAUACAUUGGUGCCUACCGGGCCCGAUCGAUGUGUGGAACGAACUUCUGUUGGAGUUGAUUAAGAGACAGAUUAAAACAGAGGCAGGGUUAUGAGUUUGAAGGGGUGAAAAGUUUUGGAAGAAAGAAACAGAAUGUGCAUUAUUCCAGGAGGAGUGAAAUUUGGGAAUACUAGAAUGCUUUUCCUAGUCUUUCAUUUUCCAUGAUUGCUUGUCCUCUAAACAGAGAAGGAGAAGGUGUCUGUUGUGCCUGGAUUAACAUGUGAAUUGUGUUGAUAAACAUUCAAAAAUUGAUGAAGAAAUCAACUUACAAGUCA